AUGGGAAAUGGGGAUUUGAUUCAAGAAUCGCCAAUAGUACUCGUAAUUCCGCCAUCAAGGUCAAGGUUCACCUUCAUAUCCAUCGUGGUCCUUCUACCACGAAGCUGUUCGACGUUCCCUCAGAAUGACCUUUCGUUCGAGUUCAAAGUUGGAAAUAGCCCAGUCUGUUUUUGCUUGGGAUUCGGUCGGAAAGCUGUGACCCCACAUGAUAUCCACGAGUUCGUACCGGUCAAAAAGCGGAUGGUCCGGCGUUUGACAAUGACACACUGGCAGUCCUAG